CCUGGCAAGAGAAACAGUAUCCCAGAACAAUUCCUUCUGCCAUGAUUCACUCUGGACAAAACCGAACAUAUUUUCUGGAUCUACAUACCAUCCAUCACUAUCUGGCAGACCUGCAAGAACUGCGAGUCGAACUCUUCUUGGGUUGCGCAUGUAGAUAGAUAGUAUAUGUUUUGUAUCUUCCUCAGACCCUUUCCCCCCAUGGCAGCGCACCCUACGAAGAUCAAGUUCUUUUUGAACAUGACUAACACCGCCUGGAUUCCGGACAACUUCAUUUGCAAGAUACUCCUCCUCUUGAGGCUGCAGAUUACCAUAUACGUUUCGACCAGUCUAUAG